AUGCCCGACUCGAUGGACGCCCCGUUAAUGGCCGGUCGCCAGGACCGCGACGACGAGUUGGACUACCGCGAUGCGGACGAGGAAGCCGAUGUCCUACCCCCGUCAAUGAAGCAAUCACAACAAUCUACGCCCAGUCUCUUCGUCUGGCUUCUUACCUUUGCCGCCGGCAUCAGCGGUUUGCUGUUUGGAUAUGAUACGGGCGUAAUAUCGGCAACUCUUGUCAAGAUCGAUACCUCGCUCUCCAACCGAACCCUGACGACAUUCGACAAGUCCAUUAUUACAUCUAGUACCGCGCUCUUUGCGCUUCUCGUAUCUCCCUUCUCUUCCAUUGUCGCCGAUGCGCUGGGCCGCAAGCGUGUUAUCCUCGUCGCCGAUAUUCUCUUCAUCCUUGGCGCAUUGAUGCAAGCAUGGGCCGGCACAGUCACGUCCAUGGUGAUAGGCAGGUCGAUAGUCGGCGCGGCUGUUGGAGCUGCCAGCUUCGUCGUCCCUCUGUACAUCGCUGAGCUGGCCCCUGCCAGCCAUCGUGGGCGAUUGGUGACGAUGAACGUCCUGUUUAUCACGCUAGGCCAGGUUGUUGCGUACAUCAUCGGUUGGGCUUUUGCAGAGUACGGCGACCAGUCCACGGGAUGGCGAUGGAUGGUUGGCCUGGGAGCUCUUCCUGCCGCCCUGCAAUGCUCAAUUCUCGUGCUGAUGCCUGAAUCACCACGAUGGCUCGUCAUGGUGGGCCAGUCGCUGAAGGCGAAGAAGGUGGUCGAGAAGGUCCUCGGCAACACGGUCGGCGGCAUGAGGAAUGCUGAGGCCGUCAUCAAAGAAAUCGAAAUCGAGAUUAGGGAGGAAAGAGAAGUCAUGAGACGGGAGGGAACGCCGCGCAUGGAGUGGUGGGGUGGCUGGCAAGAGUUGUUCUCGGUCGGGAGAAACAAGCGCGCGCUGGUUAUCACAUGCCUGCUCCAGGGACUCCAGCAACUUUGCGGGUUCAAUUCGCUCAUGUACUUCUCGGCGACCAUCUUCAAGAUGGUGGGCUUCGGCUCGCCCACACUCACUGCCAUGAGCGUCGCCGUCACCAACUUCCUCUUCACGGUGGCAGCGCUGUGUCUCAUCGACCGCAUCGGAAGGCGCAAGAUCCUGCUCUACUCCCUGCCGUUCAUGGUUGCGGGGCUGAUGCUGGCGGCGUACGGGUUUUCUUUCAUCGACCUGCGGCCCGAAACGGCGGCCGCCAGCGAGGGCGGUACGGGCGAAGGAGCGGGUACGGAUAGAGGAGCGGCGGUGUUGAUUCUCAUCAGCAUUAUGGGGUACGUCGCUGCGUAUGCCCUCGGACUAGGCAAUGUGCCAUGGAUGCAGAGUGAGCUGUUCCCGCUGGCGGUGCGGUCCAUCGGCAGUGGAGUGUCAACUGCGACGAACUGGGGUGCCAACUUUGUCGUCGGCUUGACAUUCCUCCCACUCAUGGACGCACUCAGCCCUUCAUGGACAUUUGUACUCUACGCAUUGGUAUGCUUGCUGGGAUAUGGACUGGUCUGGCGAAUUUAUCCCGAGACGUCUGGCUUGACCCUCGAGGAGGCGACGAACCUGUUGGAGAACGGAUGGGGGGUCCGACGUAACAUCUGA